GAAAAGCAGGUCCAUUUUAGUUAUGUCAGAAACUAUAUAUUUUUUGUUUUUUCGUUAAAAAGAGCUUUUAAUUAAUUUAAAUAAGUACCGAGUGUGUCAAAGGCAAUGUCUGAGGCAACGUCCAAAAAAAUAGAUGACUUACUUAGCCGUAUCCAAAGCGAGAGGAGCUCACCGAAUUUAUCCUUCAACCGCUCUGGCAAUGGGAGUCUACCCCCCAGUCGAAAAGGUUUAUCCUUGGGCCUUAAUAGUAAUAACGGAAGCCCUGUCUUGGCUAGACCUAAAAACCUAAUCUUCACCACUAGACAAAAUGACGAUGUAGAAACGGAAAAGAAACUAAAGGAAAUUAUGAAAAUUAGUGGCGAUCUAACAGUGGAUGGUGUAAUGUAUAAAACUGACAUAAAAGAUAUGGAACACAUUGAAGAACUCGGAAAUGGUACAUGUGGUCAUGUAGUAAAAAUGAGGCACAAACCUAGUGGAAGUAUUAUAGCUGUUAAGCAAAUGAGACGCUCAGGAAAUAGUGAUGAAAACAAAAGAAUAAUUAUGGAUAUAGAAGUAGUACUGAAAUCACACGACUGUAAAUAUAUAGUGCAAUGUUUAGGCUGUUUUAUAACUGAUUCCGAGGUCUGGAUUUGUAUGGAGCUUAUGGAUACUUGUUUUGACAAGCUACUAAGAAGAUUCAAACAACCAAUUCCAGAAGAAGUUCUAGGAAAAGUGACGGUUGCGACUGUUGCCGCAUUGUCAUAUCUAAAAGAUAAACAUGACGUUAUGCAUAGAGAUGUAAAGCCUUCAAACAUUCUCUUAGACACAAAAGGUAACGUUAAACUCUGUGAUUUUGGUAUUAGUGGAAGACUCGUCGACUCAAUGGCGAAAACUAGGAGUGCUGGUUGUGCGGCAUAUAUGGCUCCGGAAAGAAUCGAGCCUCCUGACCCUCAGAAUCCCGAUUAUGACAUUCGAGCAGAUGUGUGGUCGCUUGGUAUCACUCUGGUUGAGAUGGCGACGGGAGUGUUUCCUUACCAAGAUUGUAAGACUGAUUUUGAGGUGCUCACCAAAGUAAUAGGACAAGAUCCACCAACUUUACCAGCGGAUAAGGGAUUCUCAGAAGAAUUUAGGAGUUUUGUCAGAUAUUGUUUAGUAAAAGAUCCCAAGGACAGACCAAAGUACAACCUUCUGAAAAGUCACGAAUUCAUAAAGAAAUACGAGAGGGUAAAUAAUGUGAACGUCGGUGAGUGGUAUGUACAUUUGAUCAAAACUUCAGAAGAAAUGGCAAACCGGGCUGCGUCUAGACAAAAUUCAACUGCAAGCUCGAUUAGACAGUUCUUCACCUCACGCCAAUCCGCGCACAACCAACAACCGCCAUCCUCCACGAGUUCCCAAAUUCUCACCAACGGCAAGACCUUGUCACCAAACCCUAUGUCGCCUAAGCCAGAGAAGAAAGUUUCGCAUAUAUCUCGAUUUAGUUGCUUUCAAAGAGACAAUCAAAGUCAAGAAUACCAGGUACCUAGAAGUUAUUCGCCUUAUCAACCUCAUCAAAGCCACGUGGCUUCGUUAAAAGAACAAUUGGAAAAUAGGAUCGUACAGAACAGCACAGCAUCAUCGUUCGCCUCACCCUCUGUUAGUAGAAGACCUUUAGAAGUUUCUUCACCAGCACCAAAUAGUCCUUACGAACACCGAAGAGUUGCUAGCGAGACGAGGUGGAGGUCACCUAGUGCUUCUCCGUUGCCGCUCCGGUCACAAUUCCAAGUGGAAGAACCGCUCUAUCACAGUGGAAAUACUAGUCCUAUCAUACUACAAAGGUUUUAUCACCAACAGAAGCAAUUACAACUGCAAAAGGAGGCUGAAGAGUCAGGAAAGAAACGUUUUUCCUCCUUUUUAAAAUUGCAAUUGGGCGGAGAUCGAAGCGGUCGAUCAUCGAGGCAUCAAAGUCCCGAACCACCUCCUCGACUCAGCAGACGCCCUAGCGGAGAAAAUCAAAGUCCGUUAGCAUUACGUCGAAAUUUCUUAGAGAACAAUUCUUGUAAUUCUCCCAGCCUUUCACGAAGGUAUGUAUCACCGACGCCUCCAUUGCCUCCUCCACGGAGACUCUCAGAGAGCACGUCGGUACCAGGUUCUCCACAGCACUUGCGGACCCGCUUUCACUACACGCCCGAACCUCAGAGACGACUUUUCCAAAAAGACGAAGUGUCAUAACAGUGGUCCUACAUGCCUUUGGUAAAUGGGGGCACUUAAUAGGCACGAGAUUUGUUUUUGUUUGUUGCGUUAACAGAUAGAUGCAAACACCUGAAAUUUUUUAUUUAAUUGAGGUGGCAAAAUGAUUAAUACUAGUGUUUUUUUGAUGACGUGUGUUUCUUGAAGGUUUGGACAACCUUUGAAAAAUUUUAUGUAAUAUUAUUUACAUAGCAUUCAAUAAUUUGAAAGUUUUAUUGCAAACAUAUACAGUGAUGAGCGAGCUAAUAACCGAAAAAUAACGUAUAAGACGGAAAACAUAAUACGUUGUGAACUAAAAAGAGAUGAAACUAGUAGAGGUGGGAAAUUAUCAAUAGAAACCUAUCAAUUUACAUUAUAUUGAUAGUUUCCCACCUUUAGACGUAUCGGAGGAGUUUGGCAACUACCACUGUCAUAGGACUGUGGCAGUUUUAGUUGGCAUACUCCUCCGAUAUGUCUAAAGGUGGGAAACUAUUAAUAUAAUGUAAAUUUAUAGCUUGCUGUUGAUAAUUUCCCACCUCUACUAGUUUGGCCUCUUGUUAUUUCAUAACAUAUUAUGUUUUCCGUCUUUUGCGUUAUUUUUUCGGUAUUAGCUCACUCGUCACUGUGUACAUACUUCAUUUAAUUACACAUUAUACUCAUUAUUAUGCAUUUAUUACAUUCGUUCACUCCGUACAUACUUGUAUUAUUUUCAUAACUAUUUAAAUUAAUCGCGUAAAUGUAGUACUAGUUCAUCAUCAUCAAUGGCGUUAUAACUCUUCGUGAGUCUUUGCCGCGUUUACUAUUGCCUUCCAUGUUUGUCGGUCCUGUGCCACUAAUUCCAAUUGUCGCUCUCCCAUUUUCUCUAGAUCUUCUUUGACUGCAUCUUUCCACCUUUUUCUAGGCCGCCCUACAGACCUUCUUCCAUCUGGCCUUUCCCAGAACACAUUGUUUAUAAAGCGAUUGUCGUUACUGCGUAUCACAUGCCCUGCCCAUCUGAGUCUAUUGGCCUUUAUAUAUCUGACUAGAUUUUCUUUUCCGAAUAGAGACUCUAGCUCGUUAUUGUAUCUGCGCCUCCAUUCGUUUGUCACGCUGUCUCUGCAAGGGCCAUAUAUCAUUCACACCAGCAAUUUAUUUACUUCUCUUUUUGUUAGCGUCCAUGUUUCGCUUCCAUACGCGACUGCUGGUCGUAUUAUGGUCUUAUAUAUCUGGAUUUUUGCACCUCGUGAAAGAAGUUUUGACUUCAUUAGAUGUUUCAUUGCAAAGAAAGAUUUGUUUCCUGCCAUUAUUCGCGUUUCAACUUCUCGCUCUAAUUUGUCGCCAUUUGUGAUUGUUGCUCCUAGAUAUUUAAAUUCUUUAACCACUUCGAAGUUAUGAUCGUUUAUAGUAAUAUUUUGUCUUAUUCGCCGUCGUUCUUGUUUUGAGACGACCAUGUAUUUUGUUUUGUCUUCAUUUAUUUUUAGACCGAUGUUUAAUGCAGCUUCUUCAAAGCUCGAGAAAAUAUCCUUAAUUUCUAAUGUUGAUUGUGCUACUGCGUCUACGUCAUCGACAAAGGCGAAUAUAAUUUUUGCUCCCCGAGCAGUUAUGUCUGAUUUGAGUUUUGGAUACAUUUUUCGCAUGACAUAUUCUAAGGCCAGGUUAAACAAUAAUGGGGACAACGGAUCUCCCUGUCUUAGUCCAGAAUUUACGCAGAAAGCAUUUGAUAUUUUUCCCCCUAUUCUAACUUAUGCAAAGGAGUUACUUACACACAUUUGUGUUACCGCAGCUAGUUUCUUUGGUACGCCAAGCUCGAUCAUUGCCUUCCAUAAUGUUGCACGAUUAAUUUAAUCAUAAGCCUGUUUGAAGUCUCUAAAGAUCUGAUGAACGUCCUGAUUAUAUUCCCAAUACUUUUCAAGCAUUUGUCUUAUUGUAAAUAUUUGAUCAACAGUCGAUCUGUCCGGCCUGAAACCACACUGGUAGUCACCAACUAUUUCUUCGGCGUAUUGUACUAAUCUUUUUAAUAACAUCGAAGCCAAUAUUUUAUACGUAGUAUUGAUUAGUGAGAUUCCUCGGUAAUUCAUGCAUGUAGUACUAGUUAGAGUAAUAAAAUACUAUACAAAUAAUUUAGAAAAAGAACGGAUAAAAAUUUUAUGGUUUGAAAUACACUUUAUUAUUCAGUAUAGUCGCCCUAAACAUCAAUACACUUGUUCCAACGAGAUUACAUUUUAUAAAUACCAUCCUUGAAUUGAGAAUCUGGAAGUACGCUUCCACAUAUGUUAUGACUUCAUCAUUUGAUGGAAAAUGCUUUCCACACAUGAAUUUUUUUAGGUAUUGAAACAGAUGGAAGUCGCUAGGGGCCAAAUCUGAUGUAUACGCUGGAUGCUCCAACAAUUUGAACUUUAAUUAAUGUAUUUUAGCCAUUUUUAAAAUGCUCAUAUACACGGUGCAUUGUCCUGAUAAAAAUAAUUUUUUUCUCCUGCAAACCGGGACUUUUUUCACGAAUUCUUUCCUUCAGCUGGUCUGAAUGGUUACAAUAAUCUCCAGAAUUUAUUCUUUUAUCCGUUUUGCAAGUAAUCUACAAACAAAAUUCCUCUAGCAUCCCAAAAAACUGAUACUAGCACCUUCUUGGGUGGAAGGGUUCAACAUUACUACAUGCCUGAUGAUGGUGUCAACUUAGAUGAUGUUUUUUAAGAGCUCCAGUACCAGUUUUUCUUUUCGGAACAUUGUCAAAAGGCUACGACGCAUCGGACCGUUUCAAUUGAUAAAUUGAAUCUCUUGAAACACCAGUAUCACGUGCUAUGGUAAUUACAGAGUCCCUUUUUUCAAGUAACGUUGAAGCACAAACUUUCUGUUCAUUUGUAAGUUUUUUUCACCCCAUAGUUUUUACUUUAGUUUUUCAAGAAAUUUCACAUUGACUACUUGUAUAAAGCCAACUGUGUGUACAAUACAAACGCACAGAAUAAACUAAAAAAAAAUAAGAUGUCAGUAAACUACAGACACCUGCCGAUGCAAGUACGUCAUCACCUUUCCCCUCAAACACUAAACAUGCUCAGUUGGCUUUAUACAAGUAGAUAAUGUGAAACUUCUUGAAAAACUGAGAUAAAAACUAUGGGGCGAAAGAAACUAUCAAAUGAACAGGAAGUUCGUGCUUCAACGUUACUUGAAAAAGGGGACUCUGUAAUUACCGUAGCACGUGAUAUUCGUGUUUCAAGAGAUUCAAUUUAUCAAUUGAAACCGUAGGAUGCGCCGUAGCUUUCUGAGACUAUUCCGGAAAAAACCUGAUUCUGGAGCUAUUAAAAAACAUCAUCAAGUCUGACACCAUCAUCAGGUAGGUAGAAAUGUUGAACCCUUACAUAACUGCCACAGAACCCAAAAUUAUAUAAAUAUCCUUAAAGUCGGAAAAAUGAAAGAAUACCCAUGAACGAUCACAUUAAUCACUUAUGUUGUAUUUGCUGUCUUUUUCUAUAAAUAACAAACGUUUGUUUUAGAAAAAGACAGCAAAUACAAAAAAAGAGAUUGAUGUGAUCGUUCAUAGGUAUUCUUCCAUUUUCCGACUAUAUAAAGUAUUAAUUUGUAAAAUUAAAAUAAUAAUUAUCCUGAUUUAUGCGUUUUAUUCACUAUGUAAAUAUUUUUUUUACCGGCACUGUAUAUAAUUAUUGCAAAAAACUAGAAGUACUUCAAACAAAAAAUUGGUAUAAUCGUCACUAUGAUUUCUAAACCAAAAUUAAAAGUUGUUCUGAAGCUAUUUUCUUUUGGCAUUUUUGUAAUUAAAUAGUUUUGAUGGGAAAUAAGCCACAAUUUUACUAAAAAAUGAUUUUAUUAACGUUUCGACGUCUAAAUCGGAUGCCGUUCUCAAAAUACAAAAUAAAAAUAUAUUAAUAUACAAAAUACAACGGCAUCCGAUUUGGACGUCGAAACGAUAAUAAAAUCAUUUUUUAGUAAAAUUGUGGCUUAUUUCCCAUCAAAACUAUUUAAUUACAAAAUUAAAAGCUAUUUAAUAUAAAUAAAUAUAAGCUAUUUAAUAUAAAUAAAUUUUGAAGAUAACUUUUUUUUUAUGUAUCAUUCACUUAUUGAUAAAACUUUCAAUUAUUGUUGCUCUUAUUAUCAACCUGGUAUUAAUCACAUCUGGUCUCUUAGGUUUGUUGUGAAAGAGAGGAGGGUGAGUAACUAUCUAGGAUUUUAUGGUAUGUCAAAAAUAUUUUGGGGGAAACCCCCCACGUAACUGCUAUCUUACUUACUUACCUAAGUAGUUUAGUAUAUGUUAACGUUGUUAUUGACUAUCUUAUGGCGGGAUUUGAAGGAGUAUUUCAAUUUAUCUAGAUUAUGCUAACGUUAGUUUAUUAUAUGAGGGCAUGUAUCAGAAAUUGCGUUAGAAAACAGUGGUAAACGAUAUUCCAAAAAGAGUUAUUCUUCAAAUAGUUACGAGAAAAGGUUUUAUGCCAAAUAUUUCUCUUUUUUUAUAUGAACCAAUUAAACAAAAUCGUCCCCACUAAAUGGAUUACACGAAGAAGGAAGAAGAGGUAUUAUUCAGUGACCAGGCAGGUCGCCAGAUCUUACGCCGUUGGAUUUUUUCUUCGGGGUUAUCUCAAGAACAAAUUACAACACAGACAACUAGCAUUCCUAGCAACUCCCUUGAACUUUGUUUGAGCAAUCUAAGAGAUAGAAGAAGUGUUCUAAAUUGGUAUUUAGAAUUUCGUUAAUUUGGUCUGCAAUCUUCUCUGUUAUCUAACGCAGUUUUUCUGACAAAUUGCUAAAUGUUGUAAGCUAGUAUUUUUCGAGGUACGAUCAAUAUUUGAAUAGUUUACAUAGCUUUUCUACUAUAAAAUAUCUUAAAAGUUGCCUUAUUGUCUUAUCUUCGUGGCCAUUGCUUUUCAGCGGUAUUUGUAUAAAAUCUGAUAAUUUGAAAUGAUCCUAUUUUGAUGAAAUGAAAAUAUUAUGCCAUUUUUACUGCUAAAACUUACCCCAUUGGCUGUAUCCAUAUGGUUACUUUAGUCAGGUGUCGUCCACGCGCCAGCGAGUGAUGUGGUUACUUCAGUUAGGUGCCAUUCAACAGAAUGGCUCCUAGCUCCAGUUCCAAUGCUCUUAAUAGGCAGCGAAUGGGUUAAUUGCCAACUAGAAACAUUAUUUGUUAAAGACAAAAAUAUAUAGACUGAGUACUUUAUUGCUUUUCAAAAUAUGUACAACCAAGAUCGAUACACUUUUGUAUACGUUAAAACCAAUUGGUAAAACAGUUCUUCAGUUGACACCUGCAAAAUCACUGUUCUAAAGGCAUCGAUGGCUUCUUCUGGUGACUGGAAUCACUGUCCACUCAUUGAAUUCUUGAUCUUUGUGAACGUGAAGAAGUCGAUGGGACUGAGGUCGGGACUAUGCGGUGGAUGGUUUAACUAUUCGAUGUUUUUAAGCUCCAAAAACUCUGUUGUCUUUUGGGCAGUGUGAGCACUUGCGUUGUCCUGAUGUAGGAUGAUUCGCCAUUGUGUGUUGCUUGUGGCAAUAAAAAGGAAAGAAGAAGAAGUUGUCAACACAUAUAGAAUUAACGAAGGCUCCGUUGCUCAGAAUCGGUUAGAGAUGUGGGUGUGGUUCUUUACAUUUUCUUAUUAGCUGGAAAAUAGAUGAAUAAUAGACAAAAAUAAAUAAAAAAUGGAAAAUAGCUACUAGAGCUAAAUUAGGACAUAAUGGACAAAAAAAUUUAUAUAAAUAAUGAAUCAAUAUAAAGCCGAAAGGGAGCCACUUUGAUCUUUUAGUUUUGAAAGGGAAGACAAAGAAAAACUCUUUAAAUAAACCAAACAAAUUAAAAUUAACUAAAUAAAAAUAAUUAUUUCAAGAUAAAUAUAAAUUCAUAUAAAGAUAUAUAAUAAAGAUAAGAAAGAUAAAUAAAACCUACCUUAAUAUUUCUUACUCAGUUGACCAGAGAGAAGGGAGAUGGAUAAUUUAACAAGCAAACAUUAUUAAAAAUGAAUACUAUUUAUUGAACAAAAAAAUAUAUAAAAAAAGAAAUUAAUGUGGACCUCUUUCUGGUUUUACAUUUUUUGUAAGAGGUGUUAUCCACAGAUACAAAUAAAUACAAUAUUAAGUUGGUACCUUUGUGUCUCUGCAAGAAUGUCCUGCUUCCACCGCUAAGUCCAGAUAUUACGGCCACUUUUCACUUCACAAAAAUACACUACUGAUGGUACAAUUUUUGGAGUAUACAGUAGUACAUAAUAUGUAGUUUGAAAAGUUCAGCAAUGUUGUAGGAACUUAACUUGUAACAAAAAGAAACGACUUCAUGUCACUACGGUUAUUAAUAGGAACUGCUUGAGAUGAGAUAUUUAAUUAACCAUGAACUGCGUUCCAAAAGAACAGGGGGUGUUUUCUACACCGAAAUAAAAGCCAUUGACUACCAACCAUCAAUCUUGCAUCUUCAUACCAUCUUCAUACUUGCAUCUCAAUGCAAACUAUUCCCGGUGUUUUAAGAUGACAUCCACCGGACACUACACAGUUAGAAGUUCGAUUUCUUUACUUCUUUGGCUGAUCGAUAAUCAUCUCCUUUGAGUUCCUACGAUCGCUUCUAAGGCCCCCAGAAGAACUUUAUCUUUUUUCCCCAGCUCACAUUAUCCUGCUUCAACCAACCAAUCGCAGAAAAAUACCAACCCUGUUACCUACCACUUUUCUCAAAUAUUUCCCCUGACAAUUAUUACAGCCAAUUACAUCUAUGUUUCCAACACUCGAAUGACAAAUGUUCAACGAAUCAGGACAGAAUAUCAUGAUUUAGAUUUUUGCAUCGUCAUCUUUUUCGCUAAAUUUUGAGUAUGCGACUAUUAGUUAGAAAAAUAAAUAAGUUUUAUAGUGUUUACAUUUGCACAAAGAUAUUUCCAUUCGAUUACGCCAAAAUAUUGAUCAUAAUUCCUUCCAAAUGAGACUUACUUAAGUAAGAAGAACAACAAACAGCGCACUUAGAUCACUACGUUUAAUUUCUCAAUGUUUAUUCUGGAUAUGAGUUGACAUGGAAAAGGGAUUAACUUUAUAACGAACGUUGAAGUUGCUUAUAUUUAUGGUGAACAAUAAGAACCACUCAACGUUCACUUGUGUUCUUUAACGCAAGGAAACAGACACUUGUGUAAACACCAAAAUUUUUCCAAUAGUCCAUAGCGUAUAAACAUUUUAUUAAAUGGACCUGGAGUGUUUUUUACCUCGAAGAUCCUGUUAUCUUUUAGACUGUAAAAAUACCCACAUAUAUCAAUCUACGCUAAAGCAUAGAAACAUUACGAUUCUACUUAGGAAUUUUUUCACGGCGUAAUUUUACUAAUACAGGGUUAUACGAGACUUUUUCUUCUCCAAGUGAGAUGGAAUUCUUUUAGGAAAUUAAGGUGUUUCUGUAUCGUUACAUGCUGUAUCGGAGUUUCGCGAUAACUUCUGGUAAACAAACGAUUAUAUACCAAUCAGAAGCAACCGUUCAUCGAUCUUCUAAAGCAAUUGUUGCCACAUGACCAGAUUUUGACAAAAGUUGCGUCCAUUUUCUUUGACACACUUCGAAAACCGAUCACUUGUGUUGAUUUUUUGUUAUCGUGAAACAUCCACACAGCCGAUUUUCGUUUAUUUUCUGGUUCGUAGGAGUUAAUCCAAGAUUUAUCGCUACUAACAAUAAUAUAAACGUUUUUGGAACUUCCUUUGUUGAACCGUUCCAAUGUUUUUCGACACAAAUUGAACCGCUUUUUGCUCUUCUGUGAGCAAAUGAGGGAUCCAAGGGGAAACCAAUUUCGUAACACCCAGUUCUUCAUGUAGGAUCUUUUGGGUCGAGGUCUUUGAGAUGCCCAAAUUAUGCCUCUAUCUCCCGGUAUGUUACACGGCGGUCGUCCUUAAUUAACUGACGAACCGCAUCAAUGUUUUGCUGUGUAACUGGUGUUUUGGGUGGACCUGGCCUAGAUUCGUCUCUGAGACUAGAGCGACCACAUUGAAAUUUGCAAUAGCAGCGGAAAAUAGUUGACGGGUGUGAUGCUUCAUUCCCAAACACAGAAACCAUUUCAGCGAGACAUUGCCGUUAGGAUAAUCCUCUCCAAAAAUUGUAAAAAAUAUUGCUUGAAAAUGUUCUCAGCUAAGAUCCAUGUUCGAUGUGCUAAUAUCAAAAAUUCGCUGUAUCUACUCGACUUGUUGUAACGCAAUGAACUUAUCGAUUUAUGUCAACAAAAGGUUGAGGUUACGUUUGUGUCGGAAGUUUUAUUAGUGGCGCCCUCUAAGCGGCUACAUGCAAAACUAAAAAGACAAACCUCGUAUAUUGCGCCAAGUUGAGAAUUCUUUAAAAUUAGUUGUAAUUAUUUAGCAAUAUGCAAUUAGAUUGACCACAAAUAAAAAAGAAAACAUUUACUGUAGGUACAUAGAAAAAAUGUUUUUAAAUAUUGGCAAAAGAUUUUGAGAGAAUUUUUAAUAUUUAGUACCCAAUAAUUGGUACCACGAAAGGCUUAAUUAAUAAACUUGAAUGUGGCUGGUACUCAUACUUUUGUAACCUUCGUAAUUGUUACAAAAAUGACAUAAUAUUUUCAUUACAAAACGGGCAUGAAUAUAUAUUUUACUACAAGAUUAAUAUAAAUAUAAUUCAGUAUUGCAAAUCGAAUAAUAAAUUAAAAUUUUUCAAAAAAUAUAUGUAGAAUCUUGUAGUAACAUAUUGGUAGUAAAUGUUUAUAGUAAAUGUGCAAAUUUUUGAGAUGCUUUGGUGGUGUUGAUAUUUGAAACGCAUUUUUGCUAUAGCUAAUAUUUAAAUACAGGUAAAAUAGAGCGACAAUUGCGAAAUAGAUAAAAACGAUGUAGGUUCAAGGAAAUUUGGAUUUCGGUGAUGAAAGGAAGAUCCAUCGAGUCAAACAUAAUUUAUGUUUUCAUAUUUUUAACAUAGAUCGGAGUACGAAGUUAAAACAUUUUUAGAUUUUGGUAUAUAAAUUAUUCAUGUAUUGUUUAAUGGAAGCCCCAAUAUACUUUUAGUGUGCAGUUCUCAUCUAAAGUCCCCACUUCAACAUAUUUCCUGAAUUAGUAAUUUCAUUAUAUUAAUACGUUUUUGAGUAGUAACUCAAUAAAGGUUCAUUGUUUUUAUGAGCUGUCAACUUAAUUAAUAAAAAUUGUUCGCCAUGCUAAAUCCGAUCCAAUCAAUUGAAGUUAAAUGCAAGUCGGAAAAAUGAAAGAAUACCCAUGAACGCUCACAUCAAUCACUUAUUUUGUGUUUGCUGUCUUUUUCUAUAAAAAUAACAAACGUUUGUUAUAGAAAAAGACAGCAAAUACAAAAUAAGUGAUUGAUGUGAUGUUCAUGGUUAUUCUUUCAUUUUUCCGACUGUAUUUAACCUUUUUAACGUUAGUUUUUAAUACAUUCCUUUCAAACUAUACUCAAAUUUUAUUAUUAAACAUUUUAAUUAUUUUAUAUAAUAAUUAAAUUUACUAUCAAGUGAUCAAGUGAUUAUUUUUAAUUCGUUUAAUAUUUAGUUUGACUUUGACGGUUCUGUCAAAUGUAAACAACGUAUGCUUUGUUGAUACGUUAUUAGGUGGCGCUAGGAGCAAAUAUAAUAAUUUAUUGAAAUUAUUUUUAUAUAGCAUAAUUUGUUUAAACUCUAAAUAAUUAAUAAAUAAUUAAAUUUCUUUAUUCAAUUUUAAAAAUAUUAUUUUAACAUAACCUACCUAUAUAAUUUAUAACAAAAAACUUUUUUGACUUUUUCGUGAAUUUACAUCAGUUGUUCUUAUAAAAAUUCUAUUUUACUUGUACCAUUUUACAAAAUUGACUUUUAAAAUUUGUGAUGCGAAUAUUAUAUUAGAAUGUUUUCGGACGAAAAAAAAUAUAUUUUUUUCUUCUAAAACAUUUGAGAUUUAGAUGCUAUUGACGUUAGAAUUUUUGAAUGCGAUCUCUGCGGUUUUUUAACGAAAUUCAAAGGCUACCUUACCUUGCCUUUUUUAUUAGGUAUAUAUUUUUAUUUAGGUUUUCAAAGAUAUUUGGUUGCUAUAAAAUUUCUAAUAAAGUCCAACUUACACAGUAUUAAUGUAGUUCGGCACAGAUACACAACGUACGCACUAUUUAAGUAUGACAUUAAAAAGGUAGCAACGUCAAUAACACUUUACUCGCUUAAAAUUGUAUAUUUGGUGUAGAAUACAUGUUUAGAAAUCAUUUUUUGCAAGAAUUAGUUAAACUGCAAAUAUAUAGCAACUAUUGUCAAGCAUCUGUCAACAGAUGUGAUCCAGAAGAUCGCCAUGCCAAAAAAGGAACUGGGCAGGUCACAUCGGAAGAAUGGAAAGCAAUCGUUGGACGAAGCGAAUUCUCGAGUGGCGACUAAGGGCAAGCAAAAGGAGUAGAGGCAGACCUCAAACAAGAUGGACUGAUUACAUCAAGCGAUUGGCUGGCCACGAAUGGAUGCAAAAAACAGCAAACAGAUUGGAAUGGACACAUCUAAGGGAGGCUUACAUCCGAUGAUGGAUGGAAUAUCUGUUGAUAAUGAUGAUGAUUGUCAAACAGACACAUCAAAAUGGCUUAACGAGUUAAAAUAUGUUCUGGACCAAAGUUCCACAAGUCAAAACGUAACAGAAAAAUAACAGGACCACUGGAAACAUUACAUAUACCUUAAAUAAACAAGGUAAGGUAACAAUCUUAGAUGACAGAGAUAAUAUCUGAGCAAGCAAUGCCUAGUGAGCACUUCUGUGAUUACUUAGGUCAGUUUCCUGAUGCUCUAAAAGUAUUUUUGGGUAGCGAGCAGAAAAAUGUUAAAACGUGGAAAUUCUACAACCGGCCAGAACCAAAUUUUUAUUUAAAAAACCCUUUCACAGAACGUUUUCGAACUAAAGAGUUCAUCAUCAAAGCCGCAGGUUUUACAUGCUUGAUCCACCAAAAUAUAGGAGGGAAGACGUUUUUAAUUUUAUACACUUAUAGAAAAUUUACAUAUAAAAUUAAGUGUGAUGUUUAAAAUAUUCCUCACAUAGCCUCACAUUACGGACUCUAAAUAGCUACAUUUGGAUUUAAUUUAGAGUUCAUUUCAUUUAGAGCUUUCAUUAGAGUAGGAUAUAACAUUUAAAGGGUUUCCCCUAUAUUUUGGUUGCUCAAGAAGCAUGCAAAAAUUGAUGAUGUUUUAGUUCGAAAAUGUUUUGUGAUGUAGCCCGAAAGGGAUUUUUUAAAUGAAAUAUACCUUUUAUAUAAAGGAUUUUCACUAAUUUUUUCAAAUUUUUAUCAGUAUUUACUAAAAAUCUAUUGUUAGUUUUUCAACUUUUUAAGUAAUACAGUAAAACCUCCGUUAACCGAAAUAAUUGGUUUAAAGAAUUUCGGUUAAAAAUAUCAUUGUUUUUUUAUUCUUCUUGUAGGAACCAAAUUACAUGGUAUUGGACAAAUAUAGGUGCAAAACAUCGUUGCCAAAGGAAAACCCAAAAGAAAAUAGAAUAUUUCUUUAAAAAACACUCUAAACAUGUUCAUUUUCCUUAAUUUUAUUGCUUUUUUUUAAUUUACUUUUUAUUGACGAAAUUAUUGAAACUGUCGGCCAUUUCGGUUAAACAAUGUUUCGGUUAACGGAGGUUUUACUGUACGUAAAGUAUUACAUUUAAGCAAGUUGGAGCCUGCGUACUAAAUAGAACAUUAUACCAACCAAAUAUCUUUAAAAAAUUAUCUUAUUCAAUAUGUUUUCACUGCCAAAAAUACAAAAAUAAGUUGGUGAAAGGCGGCAGUACUGUUAUGUAUUUUUUGUUGAAUAUUCCUUUUUGUACUUCAUUAUGAAGAUUUUAGUCAUCUUUCAUUGCUAGUCUUAUAGUCCGUCGAGAGACGUGGUUGCUUGUGUAUUAUUUUUUAAUUGAUUUAGGCGCAUUAUCCAACCAUUCAACCCCCGAAACAGGGUGUUUCGAAAUAACAUCGUAAUCUUUUUUAACGAAUAUCGGGUGCCCUCAAACUUUCUUAAAACAACAACAAUGCAAAUUCUAUAACGAAAUUACAUAAAUUGCUGUAUGUUUGUCGCAUUUAAUUGCCAUUAUGAUGCUCGUAUUCUAUUAGACAUUCGCCGCUUCGCGGCUCAUGUCGUAUCCGUCUACUUGCAUCAGAAUGACCGUCAUUAUAUGCUCGUUGCAUAAUAUAGUAUUAUCCAAUUAACAGUAAAUCCAUUUAAUAAUUAAUAAAGCCCUCUACAAAUGGAUUUUUGCAAGCGACUUGUUUGACAGAUUAAUUAACUUUUUUAUGAUAAUGAAAUGUUUUUACUUUAUUUCCCCUAAUUUAUUAUGAAUUUUAAUCACUUAAUUUAUAAGUCUUUUUUAACUUUAUUACUUUCACUUUUUAUACUACAACACAAUUUAUAUCUACAAUUAUUAUUUACAAUUUAUUUUCGACAUUAUAAAAAACGCGCACUUCAUAAAAUCGAGGUAAUGAAUGCCUGCGUGUUUCAGCUUUCGUAUUAUAUAGUCUAAGAGCUAGUGAACCCUCCGACUAACGGUCGUCCUGUAAGGCUAGAAAUUUGUCUAGUGAUAAUUCAUAGCACACCAAGGCUAAAAACCAUGACCUGGCAGGCAUCAGCGGUGCACGUGUAUCUACCAGGUGAAUCGAAAAGUGCAAAUUUAGGGGGUAAAAUAAACUUUCUCCUGUAAGGUUUAAAUUUAAGUAUGCGCUUAAGUAAGUCAUUUAGAAGAAAUGUUUACAAUGACAGGCGAUUCUGAAGAGUAUAAGACCUUGCCAGACGAGGGGAAAGAUUAGGGGUUUUUCCUAAAAUUCUUCUUUUUGCAUCGAACAAUUUUUUUUAGGUUUUUUGAAUCAUUCCAAACAAAAAAUGUCUUUAGUGAUUUUUCUCUUAAUUUAAUAGUUUUUGUUAUAUAAGCGAUUGAAAAUUAUGAAAAUUGCGAAAUAGGCCAUUUUUAACCCUAAAUCGGACAUUUAUCUAAAAAUUUCAAUGUUGCCAAGGUACGUAAAUAUUCUUUAAAUAUUGAUUGAUGAAAUCCCGAAGAGUUUUUUGCAAUAAAAUAUCGAAAACCCCUUUGUUUUUUUAAUUGCUAAUCAAGCGGGCGCGACACUGUAGUAUAAGUGAGGACGUUUGAGUUUGCAUAAAUUCAUUAUCUCGGGAAUGGGAAAAUUUCAAGAGAAAUCAUCAGACAUGUCGAUUUUUAUUUUUGAAUUAGGACUUUUUGGCAUAUAUAUAUAUAUAUAAUACUAGUGACGUCAUCCUUCUGGGCAUGAUGACGUAAUCGAUGAUUUUUUUAAAUAAGAGUAGGGGUUGUGUGAUAGCUCAUUUGAAAGGUUAUUUAAUUCUCUAUUCAGUAAUAUAAACAUUAACAUAAUUAUUUAUACAGGGUGUACAAAAAAAUGUUUUCUUCUAUUUGUCAAAUUUAAUCAAAGUUAAUUUAAUAAAAAAAAUUUUUGUACACCCUGUAUAAAUAAUUAUGUUAAUGUUUAUAUUAGUGAAUAGAGAAUUAAAUAAACUUUCAAAUGAGCUAUCACACAACCCCUACUCUCAUUUAAAAAAAUCAUCGAUUACGUCAUCACGCUCAGAUGGAUGACGUCACUAGUAUUUAUAUAUGCCAAAAAGUCCUAAUUUAAAAAUAAAAAUCGACCUGUCUGAGGAUUUCUCUUGAAAUUUGCCCAUUCUCGAGAUAAUGAAUUUAUGCCAACUCAAACGUCCUCACUUAUACUACAGUGUCGCGCCCGCUUGAUUACCAAUUAAAAAACAAAGGGGUUUGCGAUAUCGUACUGCAAAAAACUCUUUGGGAUUUCAUCAAUUAUUAAUGUUUAAAGAAUAUCUACCUACCCUUGCAACUUUGAAAUUUUAGAUAAAUGUCCGAUUUAGGUUUAAAAAUGGCCGAUUUCGCAAUUUUCAAAAUUUUCAAUCGCUUAUAUAACAAAAACUAUUAACUUAGAGAAAAAUCACUAAAGACUUUUUCUGUUUGGAAUGAUUUAAAAAACUUAAAAAAAAAUUGUUCGAUGCAAAAAAAAAUAAUUUUAGGAAAAACCCCUAAUCUUUCCCCUCGCCUGGCAAGGUCUUAUGCUCUUCAGAAUCGCCUGUCAUUGUACACAUUUCUUCUGAAUGACUUACUCAAACACAUACUUAAAUUUAAACCUUACGGGAGAAAGUUUAUUUUGCUCCCUAAAUUUGCACUUUUCGAUUCACCUGGUAGAUACACGUGCACCGCUGAUGCCUGCCAGGUCAUGGUUUUUAGCCUUGGUGUGCUAUGAAUUAUCACUAGAAAAAUUUCUAGCCUUACAGGACGACCGUUAGUCGGAGGGUUCACUAGCUCUUAGACUAAUAUGUGUUCUCAUUUUGUUCUUUAAUCUUCGAAGCCCGCCCAUAGCCUCUUCUUUUUCCAUACUGGCCGCGAGUAGCCGAACUGGUUUCGGUCAGAUGGUCGGAUAAGGGAGAUCAGCGUAACAAUAAUUUACUUUAGAUUUGGAAUCGCUCAAUCAAUUAACGGUUGGAAAGUCCUAGUACCAAUCGAGCGGUUCUGACCUCGCUACCAACAGAAAUCGGAAUCAAGCAGUGUAAGAUAUUCAAACUGGUGCUUUGCCAUGCCACAUUGUUUUUGGGGUUUAUAGAUCGUUUUCUUCUUCUUGUGCCGUCUUCUAACGAAGGUUGGCGAUCACUUCAUUAAACGCUUCUCUAUCUUUUGCAACGUCAAAUAUCUGUUCAACACUGAGGUUAGUCCAAUCUCUGAUAUUCCUCAGCCAAGAUUUUUCUUUCUCCCCAAGCCUUUUUUCCUGUCUAAAUUUCCUUGUAUGACGACGUAGCAGAGAGUAUUUAUCGUUUCGAAGUCUGUGGUCCAGAUACGAUGUUUUUUCUUAUUUUAAUUGUGUUCAGCUUAAGCUUUCUGCCAUGUCCAAUUCGUCUUAACAGUUCUCCGUUUGAGACUUUUGCAGUCCAAGGAAUUUGCAGAAUACGCCUAUAUAGCCACAUCUCGAAUGCCUCCAAUUUUUUUACGGAUUGGGCUUUUAGAGUCCAAGCUUCUACCCCAUAUAGUAGUUGCGACCAAACAUAACAUUCGACGAACCUCAAUCUGAUGGUCAUACUCAGUUUCUUAUUUGUAAACAUUGACUUGUAUUUUAUAAAUCCUUUUCGAGUUAUUUCUAUUCCGACCUUUAUCUCCUCAUCUUGAUCUAAUUGUGAGUUUAUAAUUAUUGCUCCGAGGUAUUUAUACUUGUCGGCCGUCUCUAGCGGUUUACCAUCCAAUGUCAGAUGUAUAUUGUCAGGAUUUUUUGAGAUCACCAUGUAUUUGGUUUUAUUUAUAUUCAUUGUCUGAGAAUUUGUAAAUCGUGUACAUUCUCUGCCAUGAUUGCAGUAUCGUCUUCAAAUCUUAUGUUAUUAAUGAUGCUCCCUUCAUUCCUUACACCUUCAGUUCUUUCCCAUAGCGCCUCCUGAAAUGUUAGUUGCGAAUACACAUUAAAUAAUUGUGGCGACAGCACGCAUCCCUGUCUAACUCCUCUUUGGAUUUUGACGAUUUCUGGGUACAAAACUGGAGUCUUUUCUUAUGUAGAGAACUAUGAAUGAAAUAUUCUAUAAGCUAGACAAUAUUUAUCGAGUUCGUAUAUGCGUCUGUUUUAAAUUUUUUAACGGAAUAACAUAGAAUUCGCAGUUUUGUUUUGUAAAGAUCGUUUUUGUGCAUCCAAUAUUUUUAAAUAUCUUAUUGUAAGUCUAAUUACUUUGAAAAUAAUAUAGUUAUGUAAUUUUAACGAAUUAAUAUUUAGCUUUAACAUUUUUUUAAUUUAUUUUAUGUAAAGAACGUAUAGAAAUACCCUGUUCCGAACUUAAGUAAAACUAUUUUUAAAUAUUGUUGGAUAAUGUGCAUUUUAUUAGUUUUAGGUUAUGAAAUUUUAAAACGUUUUAUUAUUGGACUGAUAUUUAUUACGAAAAGCGGACUUUAGUGUUCCUCAAUGAACAGUUUUCAGGACUUUCGUCAAGAGAUUAUUUAACAUGAGAUCAUCAAUUUGAUAUCGUUGUUUUCUGCUAUUUUAAUAGUUGAAUCAAUAAUAUAACGAUUAAUAUCAAAAAUAUGCUUGUUUCAUUAUUUUUCAGGGUAUUUUUUGUAGUCAGGGUUAACACCACUAACAUUAAUUCGAUGUUAACUUGCAGUACAAAAGAAUGUUUUUAGUGUAUUCGAACCCAGCAAAUAUGUCAUUGUUUUCUUUGACGAUUGGCUGUUAUUGAUAUUUUUUACAUUUUUAGAUAGCUUUUUUCGAUAUAUUAUACAUAUUAAAUCGAAAUAUAUAUUUUUUAAAUUGUUUCUGCGGUCUGCCGAGAAUUAGUGCAGACAAAACUGCAACAUAUACAAGGAAAAACUGAUAAUUGUUCGAAAUGUUCUUGUAUAGGUGCCUAUCUUCUAGUGAUGUUGCCGACCACAUAGACCCAUCUUAUUCUACACACAGCCAUUCAGAAUAGAUCAGUUGACGUUAGACCAGUUAAUUUCCUUAGAUUGUCCAGCCAUUAUACGUCUGCGUUCAGGGCCUCUCUUGCCCUCAAUCUUGCCUUGUAGAAUCAACUGUACAAAUCAGUAUUUAUAUUACGCAUAAUGUGGCAGAAGUAAGCCAAUUUUCUGUUCUUUACGGUGUAUAAUUUCUUUGUCUUUUCUUAGCUUCUGGAGAAUAGUUAUGUUAGUUGUUUGGUGUAUACAGAGAAGGGCUAAAUUAUGGAAUAAAUUAAUUUUCUCUAAAAUGGACGACUUUGGAGAAAAAUCCCGAAACAGGUCGAUUUUGAUUUUUAAAUUACAAUUUUUUGGCAUAUAUUUCAUAAUAGUGACGUCAUUCAUCUGGGCGUGAUGACGUAAUCGAUGAUUUUUUUAAAUGAGAAUAGGUGCCGUGUGGCACCUCAUUUGAAAGGGUGUUCAAUUCUCUAUUCAAUAAUAUAAACAUUAAUAUCAUUAUUUAUACAGGGUGGCCAAAAAACAAAUUUUUGAAUUAAAUUAAUUGACGAAAAAAGAAGAAUGUAUGCAAUUUAUUUAACUCAAAAUACAUUCUAUCACUUUCAGAAAAUAGGAAAUAAUGUUUAUUUGGCAAAUAAACAUUGCUUUUCGCUUAAAUUAAAUGUUCAAACUGCCAAGUGGUAGGUGGGAGGCUGUUUGUGAUUUAAUUUAAGCGAAAAGAAAUGUUUAUUUGUGAAAUAAGCAUUUUUUUCUAUUUACUGACAGCAAUACAAUGUAUUUUUAGUUAAAUAAAUUACAUACAUUCUUCUUUUUGCGUCAAUUAAUUUAAUUCAAAAAUUAUUUUUUUGGUCACCCUCUAUAAAUAAUGAUAUUAUUUAUAUUACUGAAUAGAGAAUUGAACACCGUUUCAAAUGAGGUGCCACACGACCCCUAUUCCCAUUUAAAAAAAUCAUUGAUUACGUCAUCACGCCCAGAUGGAUGACGUCACUAGUAUGAAAUAUAUGCAAAAAAAUUGUAAUUUAAAAAUAAAAAUCGACCUGUUUCGCGAUUUUUCUCCAAAGUGGUCCAUUUUAGAUAAAAUUAAUUUAUUCCAUUAUAUGAGACCCUUAACAUAUGUCGGUAGCGCCACAAUUCAAAUACAUCCAAUCGUUUUAUGGCAUCUUCUGUAAUACUUCAACUUUCUACUCCAUAGAGGAGGACACUAGAGACAUAACAUCUAAGAAUUCUUAUCCGUAUAUUUAUAUUUAAAGAUAAAUUGCAGAGAAUUUUUUUAAGAACGUUAAAAGAGCUUCAGGCUUUUUCAAUACGAGCUUUUAUUUCGUAGCUAUGAUCCCAAGUAUCCUUAAUAUUGCAGCUCAAAUAGUAUAUUCGCUCCAUUCUUUCUAACGGUGUAUCGAUUAUUGUAAUUUGGGUGUUUAUGUUGGUGUUCUUACUAAUGGUCAUUCAUUUUUGUCUUCUUAUAAUUUAGUUAGGCCGUAUUUGUUACAUGUUUCAUCCAUCAUCAUUUGGAGACACUGUGCAUUUGUUACAGUGGUGUCAUGGCAAAAUUAGCAGUGUCGGAACGCAGUGCCGGAACGCACUGCUAAUUUUUGUUUACAAAACCUAAAUUCUCUAUUAUUUUUUUUCUUUUCUUAACCAGUGCGGGAACGGCGUUCCCACGCGUUCCCACACCAUGACACCACUGAUUUGUUAGCAAUACUGUAUCGUCUGCAUAUCUAAUAUUGCUUAUAAGUUGGCCAUUUACUGCAAUACCAUCUUCUGAUUCAUCCAAGGCUUUUUUCAGAGUAUAUGUUAAAUAAUGCUGGUGACAGUAUACAACCCCGUCUAACUCCUGUCUAAUCUGAUCUUUGAUCGUGUAACCAAUGUUCAGUGUACCUCUUCUCUAUUUUUUGAGAUUUAACCGUGUCUGCCUAAAAAUAUAUUGUACGUUUAUUUUAUAGAAAAAAUUUACUUUGAAGUAAAACCUAUGCAUUUUAUUUAUUACACUUUCACAAAAUACUUUAAUUAUUAAAUUUUGAAGAAAUAUUCGAUAGUUAUGCAAUUUAAACACUCUUUUGUGCUUUAAAAAAUGGAAUUAUUGUGCAAAACCAUAAUUUUUUUCAUUGCAUGAAAAAUGAAACAAUUAUAUUUAGGUAUAAUUUUUUGUAUUUACUAUGUUACAUUUUAUAAAGGCUGUUGAAACUUAUUAUUUCUUUGAAGUAAUAGCAUAUUUCAAGCAAGUGUGAGUAUAAUAUUUAUAAUAGAAAGGUUUCUGAUUGUUUUUAAUUGUACAUAACAAUUAGAGAUGCAAUGCCAUACCUGAGAUAUUAUGUAUAGUUUGAUUUAAAUUAUGUAAAUAUACCUGAUUCAUACACA